AUGCAAACAAUCAAGUGUGUCGUAGUAGGCGAUGGAGCUGUGGGUAAAACGUGCCUUCUUAUUUCUUACACAACUAACAAAUUUCCAUCCGAGUACGUUCCCACAGUCUUCGACAAUUAUGCUGUAACCGUUAUGAUUGGGGGUGAACCAUACACACUUGGCUUGUUCGAUACUGCUGGCCAGGAAGAUUAUGAUAGACUACGACCACUUUCUUAUCCACAAACCGAUGUUUUCCUUGUUUGCUUCUCAGUUGUUGCUCCUGCAUCAUUCGAAAACGUUAGGGAGAAAUGGGUGCCAGAAAUUGCCCAUCAUUGUUCAAAGACCCCAUUCCUUCUUGUUGGAACUCAGGUUGAUUUACGCGAUGAUCCUAAUAUGCUCGAAAAGUUAGCUAAGAACAAGCAAAAGCCAAUAUCUGCUGAUGUUGGAGAGAAGUUAGCUAAAGAAUUGAAGGCUGUUAAGUAUGUUGAGUGUUCAGCUUUAACACAGAAAGGAUUGAAAAACGUUUUUGACGAGGCUAUUCUUGCUGCUCUGGAGCCACCACAGCAAGAGAAGAAGAAGAGGUGUACUAUCCUAUAA